UUUUCCGACCAAAGCCUUUCCACUUCGUGUUGUUUUGCGUCGAUGCGUGAUCGAACUGGGUAAUACUAGAAUUAGUUAGCUUCAGAUUCAUUCGCCAUGAAUACGGUUCGAAUCGAACAUGAACUGGAAGCUUCCAGUUGAAUCGAUGGAGAAAAGGGUAAAUUCCUGGUGAAAUCGGUAAAGUAUCGAUUGAUGAUAAGAAGGGUGGAGAAGCUGUAUGUGAAUUGUGUGGAUUCUGCAGAAUCAAAGUUUCUAUGCUCUUUGCAGAUCUGUCACUUGGUUCAUAGAAUUGCUCUCUCAUUUCCUUCUUGGUUUUGGUUGAUUCUUUUAUUCAUGUGAUUCAAGAAUAUCUGAACAUUGUCUUUGAUAUAUAACUAAGUUUUACAAUCCAUGAAUUGGAUUAUGUUAUCCUGUUUAACACCCACAUAUCAAAAUAACCGAAAUGUAUGUUCUUGCUGGAGAAUUAUCAGACAAGAAACUGGGAAGCCUCUCGUCUACUUGGAAUCUACGGCAUACGGGCAGAUCACCUUUUUUAUGUAUGGAACAGUGGCAAGCUAUUGUGUACCCCCUUUCAUUGACAUCGCUCAUGUAUGCCGGAUCUUUUGUCCUGAAGUUGUUAUUACUCUUGAAAUCAUGGAGGGAAAAUCACGGUGGAUGUAGCUCCUUGUACCGUAUCAGAAGUUUCAUUCAAACGAUUCCUUCUCAGCUGUUCUCAUUUGCUUCGAACGUUUCUGUUUGGCGCAAUUUUGUCGUGGGACCAGUAACUGAGGAGCUGGUUUUCCGAUCUUGCAUGAUACCUUUGCUUCUGUGUGCUGGUUUAAGGGUACACAUUGCUAUCUUUCUCUGCCCAAUUCUGUUUAGCUUGGCCCAUUUGAACCAUUUUAUGGAGUUAUACAUCAAGCAUAACCGCAACGUUCUCAAGGCUUCAGCAAUUGUUGGUCUCCAACUUGGCUACACUGCUGUUUUCGGUUCCUAUGCCUCGUUUCUCUUCAUUAGAACAGGACAUUUCGUGUCUCCUCUGGUCGCUCAUAUAUUCUGCAAUUAUAUGGGGUUGCCUGUGUUUUUUGCGAGGGGAAAUGGACUCGUGACUGCAGUGUUCCUGGCCGGGCUGGUGGCCUUCAUGAUGCUUCUAUUCCCCUUAACGAACCCCGAAUUUUACAACGACAGAACGAGCGAUUGUCGUUGUUGGCACGGGUAUUGUUCCUAGAAACGAACUUUACCUAAUUUGCCUCUUGAAACUUAUGUAAUUCGAAAGGUUUUAGGUUCAUUAGAGAUUGCGAAAUUGCAAGACUGAUAAUAUUUCCUGAGUUUACACUUAACUAUCAAACUCUGGAACGCGUGUUUUAUUUUAUGAUUUUUGUUCAAAUUGGCAACAGCUAUCUAUUUCUCGAUCAUGUUUCAGUCGAA